GCAGGCCUGAUUGUCAGGGAGGUGAGCAUCGAGAUAUCCCGGCAACAGGUGGAAGAACUGUUUGGACCAGAGGACUAUUGGUGCCAGUGUGUUGCCUGGAGCUCUGCUGGAACUACCAAGAGUCACAAAUCCUACGUCCGAAUUGCAUAUCUACGGAAGACCUUUGAACAGGAGCCACUGGGGAAAGAAGUGUUGAUCGACCAGGAGGUUCUCCUUCAAUGCCGUCCCCCUGAAGGUAUCCCAUUGGCUGAGGUGGAAUGGCUGAAGAACGAUGAGGUAAUUGACCCAAUCCAGGACCGAAACUUUUACCUGACCAUCGACCAUAACCUCAUCAUCAAACAGGCUCGGCUCUCUGAUACCGCAAACUACACGUGUGUCGCCAAAAAUAUCGUGGCCAGGCGGAGAAGCACCACAGCGACCGUGAUUGUCUAUGUUAACGGUGGUUGGUCAGUGUGGACAGAGUGGUCUCUCUGUAACAGUCGCUGUGGAAGGGGUUACCAGAAACGCACAAGGACCUGCACCAAUCCCGCGCCCCUCAAUGGAGGAGCCUUCUGCGAGGGACAGAGCGUUCAGAAAAUCGCCUGCACCACACUGUGCCCAGGUUUAUUUUAUCAAAUUUCUACAGAACAGAAAGGUCGAACAGACUUUGGAUAUUCCUCCGCGCCGGGAUCCGACGACGUGGCCCUCUACGUUGCCGUGGUGGUGGCGGUGAUCGUGUGCCUCGCCAUUCUGCUGGUUGUGGUGAUGUUUGUGUAUCGGAAGAACCACCGGGAUUUCAGCUCUGACAUCAGAGACUCUGCAGCUCUGAAUGGGGGCUUUCAGCCAGUGAACAUCAAGACAACCAGGCAAGAUAACUCCCAUCUCCUUGCUGUCCAGCCAGACCUUACAGCUGCUGCUGCUAUGUACAGAGGCCCUAUGUACGCCUUGCACGAUAUCUCAGACAAGAUCCCGAUGACCAACUCGCCGUUGCUCGAUCCCCUGCCCAACCUUAAAAUUAAGGUGUACAACAACUCCUGUGGGGUCCCACCUCAGGCGGAGGCAGGAGAUCUAGCAGCAAAACUCUCCCCACAGCUCACAGAGUCUCUGCUUGACAACCAGGCCCAGAACGCCGAGCACCAGAGCCCUGUUCCGCAGAAAGAUCCGUCAUGCAGUGCUUUCGGGAGCUUCAACAUCCUGGGAGGACAUCUCAUUGUACCCAACUCCGGAAUAAGUUUGUUGGUACCAGCAGGAGCCAUUCCUCCAGGACGAGCCUAUGAAAUGUAUGUAACUGUCCAUCGGAAGGACAACAUGAGGCCAUCACUAGAGGGCAGUCAGACAUUGCUGAGCCCGGUGGUGAGCUGUGGUCCUGCUGGUGCUCUGUUCACCAGGCCGGUGGUCUUGUCAAUGCAUCACUGCGCUGAACCCAACAGUGAGAACUGGCUCAUCCAGCUGAAGAAUCUGUCAAGCCAAGGAAACUGGGAGGACGUGGUGGUUCUAGGAUCAGAAACACUCACCACCCCCUGUUACGUCCAGCUUGACCCUCAGACUUGCCACAUGGUGACCGAACAGCUUGGUACCUACUGCCUGGUAGGACAGUCCAUCAACAAAUCAGCAACCAGGCGACUGAAGCUCGCUAUUUUUGCCCCUGUGGUCUGCAAUUCACUGGAGUACAGCAUCCGUGUCUACUGCCUAGAUGAUACGCAAGACACUCUGAAGGAAGUAAUUCAGCUCGAGAGGCAACUGGGAGGACAGCUAAUGGAUGAACCAAAGACUCUCCUGUUCAAGGACAGCACCCAUAACUUGCGUUUGUCCAUUCACGAUAUCCCUCACUCUCUCUGGAGAAGCAAACUCCUUACAAAGUACCAGGAAAUUCCUUUCUAUCACAUAUGGAAUGGCUGUCAGAGGAACCUUCACUGCACCUUCACCCUGGAGCGUUUCAGUCUUGUCACCUCCGAGCUGGUUUGUAAGCUGUGUGUACGCCAGGUGGAAGGCGAGGGGCAAAUCUUCCAGAUUCAGAGCAGCUUGUCUGAGGAUGUGGAGCCAGUGAGCAGUUUGCUGGAUGAACCAGACAGCGGCGUGACCACCCUAGUGGGCCCCAGUGCCUUCAGAAUCCCCUUCUCCAUCAGGCAGAAGAUCUGCACCAGCCUGGAUGCUCCAAACAACAGGGGAAAUGACUGGCGGUUGCUGGCACACAAACUGAACUUGGACAGGUAAGGGAAUCGGGCGAGAAUGCCUGAAUUUGGGCAGUUCUGGUAGAGUUUGAGGUCAGUUAGAAAAAACUGGAACUGAAAGAGAGCCUCAGUGAUGGUGCCCAUGAAGUGGCAGUGUUGCCAGC